AUGGCCGAAGAGCCCCAACCCCCGACCGUAUCCCCCGGCGCCGACGCCGACGCCCCCGACGUCCUCCCAGCCAACGCCGAAGACCGCAAAGCAGCCGCCGCCCUCUCCUCCCUCGACGCCAAAGGCGACGACAAUGCCGCGCCCGAAAAGGAGGUAGACCUAAAAGCGCUGGACGAAGCCAUGAAGAAUCUGGACUUCUCCCGGAGCUCGAAGAAGCCGACGGCUGCGAAGAAGGAAAAGGACUCGGAGGCGCCGAAGCCGUUGGUGAAGGUCAAUCCGGCGGAUGUUGCGUUGCUGGUUGAGCAUUUGGAUCUGUCGAAGGCGAAGGCUACGGAUCUGUUACGCGCGCACGAUGCGAAUGCUGAGAAGGCUAUGAUGGCGUGGGUUUCGGCUUCUGUAUGA